AUGGCGUGGCUCCAUCAGAGUCGAGGUUCUCCCAGACUCGUCCUGGUGGUGGUGUGUGUCGCUCUGCUACUCGACAACAUGCUGUUCACUGUGGUCGUGCCGAUCAUCCCAACAUUCCUCUACGCCAUGGAGCAUCCCAGUCCAGAGCCCCAGACCCCUCUGCCCAGUCUUGGGGCACCACACUUGGGCACAGUGUCCUCACCAUCUCCCUCCCCGCGUCAAACCUCCAGCCUCCAGCCGGACCCCCAGCCCUCGCUGCUCCCUCUGCCCAGCCACGGUGCAUCGAUCCUGGAUACACAUUCAGAGCUGAGCCCCCGGUCGUCUCCUCCCACCUUCCCUCCUCUGGUGUCCCUGUUUGACAACACAACGUUCAGUCUGCGGGAGAUCCGGACUGAGCCGACCCCUGACGCAGAGCCGACAGACCAGACCAGCACAGACCUGCAGAUCAACGAGACUACUGACACUACGGAGUCCUCCUGUCUUCAGGACAGUUCAUUUCUAGAGGAGGAAAAUGUCCGUGUUGGUUUGUUAUUUGCCUCUAAAGCUCUCGUCCAGCUGCUCAUCAACCCCUUCGUCGGUCCGCUCACCAACAGGAUCGGGUAUCACAUCCCCAUGUUCGCCGGCUUCAUCAUCAUGUUCGUGUCGACCAUCAUGUUUGCGUUCUCAGGGACCUACGCUCUGCUGUUCUUCGCUCGCUCUCUGCAGGGAAUCGGCUCGUCCUUCUCGUCUGUGGCAGGUCUGGGCAUGUUGGCCAGUGUGUACACUGAUGAUGAGGAGCGAGGCGUCGCCAUGGGCAUCGCACUGGGAGGACUGGCUAUGGGAGUCCUGAUUGGAGCUCCAUUCGGCAGUGUGAUGUAUGAGUUUGUGGGAAAGAGCGCCCCCUUCCUGAUCCUGGCCUUCCUGGCUGUGUUUGAUGGAGUGUUACAGCUGUGCAUCCUGCAGCCUUCAAAGAUCUCUCCUGGGAGUGUGGAGGGGACUCCGUUACUGACUCUGUUAAAAGAUCCGUACAUUCUCAUCAGUGCAGGCUCUCUGUGUUUUGCCAACAUGGGUGUAGCCAUUCUGGAGCCGACUCUGCCCAUCUGGAUGAUGCAGACCAUGUGCUCCCCUAAAUGGCAACUCGGUAUGGCCUUCCUCCCUGCCAGUAUCUCCUACCUGAUAGGAACAAACCUGUUUGGUGUCCUGGCCAACAAGAUGGGACGGUGGCUCUGCUCCAUGUUAGGGAUGUUUAUCGUCGGCAUCAGUCUGCUGUGUGUUCCUUUUGCCACCAGUAUCUAUGGUCUGAUUGGACCAAAUGGAGGUCUGGGCUUCGCCAUAGGUAUGGUGGACUCCUCCAUGAUGGCCAUCAUGGGUUACCUGGUCGACAUCCGUCACGCCUCCGUCUACGGCAGCGUCUAUGCUAUCGCUGACGUGGCGCUGUGUAUGGGGUUUGCUAUAGGACCGUCCACAGGGGGCGCUCUGGUCCAGGCAGUGGGUUUUCCCUGUCUCAUGGUGUUUAUCGGGGUGGUCAACAUCCUGUACGCUCCACUCUGCUUCCUGUUACGUAACCCUGCUGUCAGAGAGGAGAAAAUGGCGAUCAUCGAUCAGGAGUGUGUGAUGCACAGGAAAAGCUACAACACGAAGGAGAGUCGUGAGUUUCCUCUGAGCGACUACAGCGAAGAAGAAGAGAUGGAGGAGUGACACACACACACACACACACACACACACACACACACACACCUGAAGAUGUCCAUGUUGUGAUUUUGAACAUGUUUUACGUUCAUCGUCAGACUUCCUGUCGUCACACAGUCAGAACAGAAGAGGUAUCUUACUUGUCCUUCAUUUCUAUAUUAAAUCUAAUUGAUUGAUUAAUCACUAAUCAUUGAAAAAUGCUAAAGUUUCCAAAGUUCAGGUUGUGGUUCUGUAGAAACGUCAUCGAUUACAUCAUUAAUAUCAUUGAUAAUUCAUCGAGGCUGUCAGGGAUCUUUGAUGCCGUGUGUGCAGGUUUACAGAGUUGCUGAGUUAUUUAUACACCUGAUUACCUGCAGCUGGCCGCUAGCUAUGCCCCGCCCCCUGUGUGUGUGUGUGUGUGUGUGUGUGUGUGUGUUACAGGGCUCAGACAGUAAAGGCAGUAAAGAUAAGAUAAGAUAAGAUAAAACUUUAUUUAUCUCCAGUCGGGGGAAUUUGGGCAUUACAGCAGCACUGAAAGCCAAAACAAACCAAACCAGCGUCUCAUCUUUUGGUCAGUGUGCGUAAAAUUAAUUGAUCUGCAGCUAAUUUGAUAAUCGAUUAAUCGUUUCAGUCGUUGUGUGUCUAAGUAUUUACUGGUGCCAACUGAAAUCUGAAAUCUUUACACUCGAAUGAUGGUAAACUGAAAAUAUCUGAACAUCUUAUUGACCAACAACAAAGAAUCCAGAAAUAAUCUGCAGAUUAACGAAUAAUAAAUUAGACGGCCACAGUUAGCAGAUUGUUCUGUAGCUAGCUGAUUACUUCACAUGAACUCUGUGAGUUGCUUCAAUUUUCAUCUGUCUGUUAGUUUGUGGCUGAAAGUCUCAGGUGGAAAAAGGAAACCUGAAAUCUAAUCAUGCUAACUCAGCAUGUUAUCAUGCUAACUCAGCGCUGUGUAAAAUGCAGAGAAGGCUGAAGCUAAAGCUAACAUGCCCCAGGUAAACAUGGCCAUUCUCAGCAGCUGAUCCACGCGGAGGACGUAAAGGAGCAGCGUUGAGCUCCUGUGGCGGGGGUCACUAACGUUAGCGUUAGCUCUGACAGCAUCGAGGACCGGCUCCAAUAAUGCAAACUAUGACCCCACAAAAUAAUGAAGUGAGAUACACCAAGUCUUACUCUCAGUAAUAAACCAGCCAUGCUAAAGUUAGCAUCUCCUGCUACACACAGCUACAUCCUGGUCACUGCUUGUUGUUGCUGCAGGUUAGCGAAUGCUCGGUUGGUGUUUUCAGGGAUUUCAUUUCUUUUUGUGAAGUAAUUUCCUUUAAUUUAACCUUUUUAUCUACAAACCUGCAGCUUUGGGAUGAAGUUUAGCUGGAAGUCUUCUUGUCACCACAUUAUAAACUGGGAAGUUGUUUAAGGUGGAAACACACAUUUGUUCUGCUGUGUCAGUUCCUGGAUUAUUUCAGGUGGUUUGUCUUUAAUGACGGAGCUUUCAGUGUAAAUGUUUGUUUUGAGGAACACGUGUCACUUCCUGUCAUUCAUUUUCUUGUUUUCUUCAAAGUGUUGAGAUGUGAAACCGAGUCUGUGUCUGA